UCUAAUGGCAGAGCUGUAGGCAACAGUAACUCAGCCGGUGAAAUCAGUCUUAAGUGUGGUGCAAUGUGGAAAAUCAUUACCCUUUGGGUGUUUUCAGCUGCCUUUGUAUUGCCUAGUGGAUACGACGCCUCAGUAUUUUACAGUAGCAGGGAAGCAAAUCAAGUGCUGAAAAUACAGAAGAGGGCAAAUACUUUCUUGGAGGAGCUCAAAGGAGGCUUGUUGGAGCGAGAAUGUUACGAGGAACAAUGUGACUUUGAGGAAGCCAGUGAGAUAUUUAAAACCAAGGAAGCAACUCUGAAUUUCUGGACAAAGUAUGUUGAUGGAGAUCAGUGUGAAAAUGUCACGUGUUUCAGUGGAACCUGUGUGGACAGCUUUAAGAAAUUUAACUGCAUUUGUAACUCAGGAUGGGAGGGACUUCUGUGCCAACAUGUGUCCAACUACACCAACUGCUCCAUUGACUAUGGUGGCUGUGAGCAUUUCUGUCAUGAGGCUCAGGAGAAGGGCCGGCGUUUCUGCACUUGUGCUUCAGGGUACCAGUUGAAGGAUGAUCAUACUUCAUGUCAAGCUGAUGUAGAGUUCCCCUGUGGGAGAGUCGCGGAUCCCCACUCUUCAGUCCCCAAGCUGAACAUUAAACUCAUUGCAGGGAAAGCUGGAAAAAAAGGAUACAGUCCUUGGCAAGUUAUGCUGAUCAAUGGAGCAGGGAAAUUUAAGUGUGGGGGUGUUCUCAUACACCCCACCUGGGUGCUGACAGCUGCUCAUUGUUUGGAGGGAGAAGAAGUAUUCAAAUUGAAAUUUGGCAAAUAUCAUCGUUGGCGAGCAGAUGAUGGCGAGCAAGCAAUCUUCACUGACAAGCUAGUGCCUCAUGAAAACUACACCAAGAAGACCUCUGAUAAUGACAUUGCACUGCUGCACCUGGCCCAUCCGGUUUUCUUCAACAAGUACGUGCUGCCCAUAUGCCUACCCAUCAAGAACCUUGCAGAGCAGCAGCUGAUGAAAGAAGGGACAUCAACAGUGGUGACCGGCUGGGGCAGCCAGAGCGCGAACUCUGCAACUAACUACAGCGCCGUCCUCAAUUAUAUCGAAAUCCCAGUGGCAUCUCGGAACGAAUGUGCCCAUUCUAUGCAGAAUUCAGUCUCAGAUAACAUGCUGUGUGGAGGGAUCCUGGGAGAUCAGAGGGAUUCCUGUCAUGGGGACAGUGGCGGUCCUAUGGUCACUCAGUUCAAGGAUACCUGGUUCCUAGUUGGGUUGGUGAGUUGGGGAGAGGGCUGUGGGAAACUUGAUAACUUUGGAAUCUACACCAAGGUCAGCCCUUACCUUGAAUGGAUUGAUCAGCAAAUAAAAAAACCGUUAAUACCUAAGUCUGAAAAAGAAAAGUAACAAUCACUUUGGU